AUGGUUAUCAGAGCAGAGAGAAAAGAAUGGAAGGUCUGUUCCCAGGCUGUGUUGAACUUGGCCUCCAUGGCAGAUAUAUCCACUAAUGCGACCUGUGGUUCCACGGGUCCGGAGAUGUUCUGUAAGCUGGUGGAACAUGUACCCGGCCAGCCCAUAAGAAACGCUCAGUGUCGAAUCUGCAACCAAAAGAGUACAACACCCACAGAACAACAUCCCAUAGAGUACGCCAUAGACGGGACAAACCGUUGGUGGCAAAGUCCCUCUAUCAAGAAUGGAAGAGAGUACCACUCUGUGACAAUCACUCUGGACUUAAAACAGGUUUUCCAGAUAGCCUAUAUGAUCAUAAAGGCAGCCAACUCCCCGCGCCCAGGUAACUGGAUCUUAGAGCGUUCAAUAGAUGGCAUCACCUUUGACCCCUGGCAGUACUACGCCAUGACAGACACAGAGUGCCUGACGAGGUUCAACAUCAACCCGCGGACCGGAAAUCCAUCCUACACCCGAGAUGAUGAAGUUAUCUGCACGUCUUUUUAUUCAAAGAUCCAACCACUGGAGAACGGAGAGAUCCACGCGUCUUUGAUCAAUGGCCGGCCGAGUGCAGACGACCCCUCCCAGACCCUGCUGAACUUCACCUCCGCCCGCUACAUCAGGCUGGUGUUUCAGCGAAUCAGAACGCUUAACGCCGACCUCAUGACUCUGACUCAGCGUGACCCGAAGGAGGUCGAUCCCAUCGUGACGAGAAGGUACUAUUAUUCCAUUAAGGACAUCUCAGUAGGAGGGAUGUGUAUCUGUUACGGCCACGCCAAAGCUUGUCCGCUCAACACCGAUACUAAGAAGUUCAGCUGUGAGUGUGAACACAACACAUGCGGGGAAAGCUGUGAUCGUUGUUGCCCCGGUUACAACCAGCAGCCCUGGAUGGCGGGAACCUUCCUGACUCGACAUGUCUGCGAAAAGUGUAACUGCCACAAUAAGGCAGAGGAGUGCUACUUUAAUCAGACGGUAGCAGACCUGUCACUCAGCCUGAAUGUCCAAGGUCAAAACAGAGGGGGCGGAGUCUGUAUCAAUUGCCAGGACAACACAGCUGGAAUCAACUGUCAGAUAUGUGCUGCGGGAUUUUACAGACCUGCCGAGGUGAACGCUGAGGAGGAGGACCCCUGCAUCCCCUGCUCAUGUGACCCGCAUGGCUCUAUCAGCCAAUCAUGUGUCUCGGAUUCAAGCCAGGCUACGCCUCUUCAGCCAGCAGGGUCAUGCCGGUGUAAGGAGGGUUUUGGGGGUCUGCAAUGUGACAGGUGUGCUGUGGGUUAUAUGGGCUACCCGUCCUGCCAGCGCUGUAACUGCAGUGUGGAGGGAAGCACCAACGCUGACCCGUGUGUAACACCGUGUGUGUGCAAGGAAAACGUGAAGGGAGGAAACUGUGACCGCUGUAAACUGGGAUUCUUCAACCUGCAAGGUUACAAUCCAAGAGGCUGUGACAAAUGCUCCUGUAUGGGCAUCUCCAGCCAGUGCUCGGCCUCCACAUGGUCCUAUCACAAUGAGACCACUCUGACGGGCUGGCACCUGCUUGGAGAAACAGGAGGAAGAGUGUGGUCCGUUCACAGACAGACUCCUCCAUACCUCAGCGUCCGUCACUCAGACGUUGUGAAUGACCUCGGCUCAGCGUACUACUGGAACGCACCUGAGCUUUACCUGGAAAACAAGAUUUCAGCAUAUGGGGGGAGUUUGGUCUACACUGUGUCCUAUACUACAGACCAACAAGAGCCAAUGGCCAUCAGAGUCACCUCCCAACCCGACCUGAUCAUAGAGGGAGGCGGGAUCAAGAUUAUUGACAGAAGGUUCGGCCAACCGGUGUACCCGUCAUCGCCAAGCACCAAUCACAUUCCUCUUUCACCCGCUAACUUCCUGGUUGCAGAGACCGCUCAGCCAAUCGGUCGCAGGGAUUUCUUGUCAGUGUUGGCCAACGUGACCAGAGUGAUGGUGCGGGCCUCUUAUAGCACAGAGACAAGCGCUGUGUACAGACUCCACUCAUUCUCUAUGGAGGUAGCCAAUCCCUCUGCUGGAGGAGAGAGGAGGGCAGCGGCAGUGGAGAGCUGCUCCUGUCCUCCUGGAUAUGCUGGAACUUCCUGUGAGACAUGCGUUCCUGGUUUCCGAAGGGUGAACGGGAAUCUGUAUAGCGGUGUGUGUGAAGCUUGUCGUUGCCACGGACACGCUACACAAUGCCAUGAGGUCACAGGACACUGCCUGGACUGCUCCCACCACACCUAUGGCCCUCACUGUGACACCUGUCUACCAGGUUACUAUGGCAACGCCACCCGUGGGUCACCUGCGGACUGCCAGCCCUGCGCCUGCCCGCUCAAUCUUCCUAGUAACAAUUUCAGCCCCACCUGCCAACUCGGGAGAGAGGGGGAUCUGCUGUGUGACCAGUGCCAGCCCGGGUACACAGGACCACGCUGUGAAAGAUGUUCCAACGGAUUCUUCGGCCGGCCCUCUGAGCCCGGGGGAUCCUGUCAGCCCUGCGAUUGCCAUGACAACCUGGACCUGUCCAUACCCGGCAGCUGCGAUCCGAUCACAGGCCAGUGUCUGCUCUGUCGUCAAGGUUACGGCGGCUCGUCUUGCGACAGUUGCGCUGACGGUUACCACGGAGACGCGAUCACAGCGAAAAACUGCCAACCCUGUCAGUGUCACACUAAUGGCUCUGUAUCUGAGGUUUGCAACAAGGAGACUGGACGGUGCGAGUGCAAAGAAAAUGUGGCUGGACGACAGUGUGACGAGUGCAUUCCUAACUGCUGGUGGGACGCUGAGCUGCAGGACUGUGUCCCCUGUGGCUGCAGCCCCCCCGGUUCCAUGUCUCAGCGCUGCGACGUCGAGGGCCGCUGCAUCUGUCGGCCCGGCUUUGUGGGCCGGCACUGUGGCCUGCGUCGCCAAGGUUACGAGAGGCGGGAGACCCGAAGGCCAGUGGAGCGUGUUCCCCUCGCAGCCGUGCAUCAGAGAUGGGGGGGCUCCUCCCGCACGGGGGGGUGUCCCAGGGGGGCGUACAGGCCGAGCACAGGGCCUCAGACUCACGGCAUCAGCACCGGAGGAGUGUGUGUCCCGUGUCACUGUAACUCGUUCGGGUCCAAGUCGUUCGACUGUGAUGAAGCCGGUCAGUGUCGCUGCCAGCCCGGCGUCUCCGGACCCAAAUGUGACCGCUGCUCUCGAGGAUUCUUCAACUUCCAGGAGGGCGGCUGCACACCUUGUCAGUGCAGUCAUGUGGGGAAUAACUGCGACACUAACACGGGGCAGUGCAUCUGUCCUCCAAACACCAUCGGAGAGCGGUGCGACCACUGCGCCCCCAACCACUGGGGCCAUGACAUCACCACCGGAUGCAAGGCGUGCGGCUGCAGCGUGGUCGGCGCGGUAAAGCAGCAGUGCAACAUGAACACAGGGUGCUGCAUGUGUCGAGACGCCUUCAGAGGAGAGAAGUGCAUUGAAUGUCAAAUUGGAUACAGAGACUUUCCUCAGUGCACCCAGUGCGAGUGUGACGUCGCCGGGUCGGACAGCCAGACCUGCGACCUGGAGAGGGACGUGUGCGCCUGCGCCGAUCGGACGGGGAAGUGUAGCUGCAAGGCAAAUGUGGAAGGACACAACUGUGAACGCUGUAAGUCCGACACGUUCGGGUUGUCGGUUCGAAACCCUCUCGGCUGCAGCGACUGUUACUGUUACGGUCUGACCAGCUCCUGCUCAGAGGCUCAGGGGCUCAUCAGGAUGUGGUUGGCGCUGAGGCCCGAGCAGACAGUGCUCCCUCUGGUGGAUAAAGCCAACACCGUGGAGACGAGGAGAGGAGUGACGUUCCAGCAUCCGGAGAUCAUCGCUCACACAGACAUGCUCACCUCAACUCUCUCUGAACCGUACUACUGGAAACUACCCGAGCAGUUCAGAGGCUCCAUGAUCACAGCAUAUGGUGGACAGUUGAAAUAUGCUGUGUACUUUGAGGCCAGAGAGGAAACCGGUCCUUCGUCCUACGAGCCUCAGGUCAUCAUUAAAGGCGGUCCUAACCGUAAUAUCCUGAUGACACGGCACAUACCGGGACUGCAGAUUGGCACGCUCACCCGCCACCAGAUCGACAUGACUGAGCAUGAGUGGAAGUACGCAGAUGGCAGGUCCAUGACUCGAGAAGACUUCAUGGAUGUUUUGUUCUAUGUGGAAUAUAUCCUCAUUAAGGCUUCUCACGGAAACUUGAUGAGACACAGCCGUAUUUCAGAACUCAGUUUGACGGUGGCCGAGGAAGGCAGACCAAGCAAAGAGACCUUGAAAGCCCAUCAGAUAGAGAAGUGUGAUUGUCCAAUCGGAUACUCCGGAUUCUCCUGUGAGGAGUGCGCUGCAGGUUUUUACCGUCUUCGCUCCGGCUCCACAGCAUCUGCUCCUGCGUCCAGAGUGCCAACCGCUGCCGGCAUGGGCAGCUGUGUUCAAUGCCAAUGCAGUGGGCACUCUUCCACCUGUGACCCUGAGACAUCCAUAUGCCAGAAGUGCCAAGACAACACAGAGGGCGAUCAGUGUGAGCGCUGCGCUGCGGGUUUCUAUGGUGUGGUCCGAGGUUUCCAUGACGACUGUAAACCCUGCGCCUGUCCCCUCACCAACCCAGAGAACAAUUUCAGUCCAACGUGUGUAACAGAGGGAUACGAUGACUACAGAUGUACCGCCUGUCCUGAGGGAUAUGAGGGCAAAUACUGUGAGAGGUGUUCUACUGGUUACCAUGGUAACCCACGGAUGCCCGGCGGCCACUGCGAGGAGUGUAAGUGUUCGGUGUGGGGUGCGCAGCCCGGACCAUGUGACCCGGUCACUGGCCAAUGCCGGUGUAGGGUCGGGGCAUCGGGGACGUCAUGUGACCAGUGCAUGGACCGGCAUGUGUGUGGAGCCGCUGGCAUCAUCUCAUGUGAUGAUGAGUGCUCAGGUCUGUUGAUCAGUGACAUGGACCGCCACCGCAUCAUCACUGAGGUCACCCUGACGUCGCCCCUCCCACCACCUUAUAAGGUGUUGUACCGCUUCGAGAACAUGACGGAGGAACUAAAGCACAGAGCCAGGCAGUUCAAAAGCUUAGCCCUGAGCCCAACAUGUGUCAGACAUUGCUCUGUGGUAAUUCCUUCAUCUCUGUUCUCUCCUGCAGCACAUGGCUGUCACCUCAGAAAGCUCCGGGAGAGAUUACUGCAGCUGGCCCGACUCCAACUGGGAUCACUGGUGAUUGAGAUGGACCAGCUACACAGCAGGGCCACUAAGGUGUCUGCUGACGGAGAGCAGGUGGAGGACGAUGCGGACAGGAUUCAUAAACGAGCUGAGGACCUGGAGCAGUUCAUCAGGGACACACUGCUGGGAGCUCGAGACCUCCAGUCCAAGGCUGCCGAGUUGAACCAAACUCUCUCUCGGAACGAUGGAACUCCAGAAAAAAGCCUGGAGGAGAUGAAGGAGGAGAUCCAGGCCAUGCUAGACGAGAUGAGAAAACGACAGCUGGGAGGGAAGAAGAACAUCGCAGACGAAGAGAUGGAAUUAGCAGAGGAGCUGUAUCAGAGAGUGAAGAGAUUAUUUGGCGACCCCCAUCAGGCCACAGAAGACCUGAAAGCAGAGAUAAAAGAGAAGCUCUCAGACCAUGAGGGGAAGCUGCAGGAGGCCCAGGAUCUGCUCCACUCUGCCCAGGGAAAGACCAGGGAGGCUGGAUCAGUGUCUGAACAGAACAAGGCUAACCUCACAUCUCUGGAGAGGAAGAGCUCUGCAGUGAACGAGGUGAAACAGAAAGCACAGGAAGUCCUAGGAGAAGGAGAACGUUUUCUGGAUGAGGCUAACCAACUUUCUGAAAACAUCAACAAGGAGAUAGAGGAUUUGGAGGAGAUGGGCAGAGAGCUGGAUCCUCUUCAUGUGAAGCUGGAUGAUACAGUCAAUCACCUCACCACUGGUUUGAAAGGCGGCAGCCUGGCCAAUCACGUGCACGAUGCAGAGGAACACGCCAAGCAGCUGAACGAAUCUGCUGCCAUUUUGGAUAGUAUUUUGGCUGAAGCUAAAAACCUCUCCUUCAAUGCAACAGCUGCCUUCAAGGCCUAUAGCAACAUUAAAGCAAACGUUGAUGCAGCGGAGAGAGAUGCAAAGGCAGCCAAACAGAGUGCCAGUGAGGCUCUGGCUCUGGCUUUAGAUCCAGAGGUCCCAGUGAAGGAAGCCGCUCAGCGAUCCCUGCAGAAGAGCCACAAACUGCUGAACGAAGCCAAACAACUUCAAAAUGAUGUCAAAGAGAAUGAAGAUGGUGUGUCCGGGCUGAAGGGCAGAGUGAAAGCAGCGAGAGACAUGGCCAAAGACCUGCUGAAAGCUGUCAACGGAACCAUGGCAAUGCUCAACUCUAUCCCCAAUGACACAGCAGUUAAGCUAGCAGCCACAAAGGCUGUAGCAGCAGAUGCUAACGCCACCGCCAUCGACGUCCUGGAGCGCCUCGGGGAUUUGAACCUGCAACUCCAUGGCCUCCAGAGUAACUACAGCGAUCUGGAGGACACCGUCAAAGCAGCCAAUGACAUGAUCCAGGACCCGGAUAAAAACACCAUCAUCCACGCUGCAGGAGCUAAAGUGAAGGACUUAGAGGAUGAAGCUGAUAGGCUGUUGGAGAAGCUGCAGCCAAUCAAAAAGCUGCAGGACAACUUGAGGCGUAACAUCUCUCAAAUCAAAGAACUGAUCAACCAAGCCAGGAAACAAGCUAACUCGAUCAAAGUGUCAGUGUCAUCAGGUGGUGACUGUCUCCGUAGUUACCGCCCUGAUAUCAGGAAAGGGAGGUACAACACCAUCAUCCUCCACGUUAAAACCACCACACCCGACAACCUGCUCUUCUACAUGGGAUCAGCCAAAUAUGUUGAUUUCCUCGCCUUGGAGAUGCGUAAGGGGAAGGUAUAUUUCCUUUGGGACGUGGGUUCGGGUGUGGGGAGGGUCGAAUAUCCCCAUCACACCAUCCACGAUGGGAACUGGCACAGAAUAGAGGCGUCUCGUAAUGGGUUGAAUGGCACCAUAUCAGUUUAUCCUCUUGAGGGCUCCAUGGCGGGUAUGAUGCCGACCCCCGCCAGCGCCAACUCGCCCACGACCUUCACCAUCCUGGACGUGGACCAGAACGCCUACCUGUUUGUCGGAGGGAUACUCGGCACCGUCAAGAAAGCGGACGCAGUGAGAACAAACACCUUCACAGGCUGCAUGGGGGAGACCUUCCUCGACGGGAAACCUAUUGGACUGUGGAACUACAGAGAGAGACAAGGAGACUGUAAAGGAUGUGUCGUCAGCCCCCAGCGGUCAGAUGUGGAGGGGACGGUUCAGCUGGACGGGGAGGGCUACGCCGCGGUGGGACGUCCCACCAGGUGGAACCCAAAUGUUUCCAGCGUGACCUUUAAGUUCCGCACAUUUUCCUCCGAAUCCCUGCUCAUGUAUCUGGCUACUGAAGAUAUGAAGGACUUCAUGUCUCUGGAGCUGUCCGAGGGGAAGGUGAAGGUGAACUUUGACCUCGGCUCAGGAGUCGGCAGCGCCCUCUCAGCCAGCCGGCACAACGACGGACACUGGAAGUCCCUCACCAUGUCACGGAACAAGAAACAAGCCACGGUGACCGUAGUGGACAUCGACAGCGGUGCUGAGGAGAAAAUAGUGACGACGUCUCAGGGCGCGGCGACAGGUCUGAACCUCAAAGAACACCAGAAGAUCUACUUUGGAGGGCUGCCUACCAUUGGAAACUAUAGCAUGACAGCCAGGUCAGAGGUCACUCUGAAGCGGUAUGCUGGCUGUCUUCGGGAGAUUGAAGUCUCCAGGACUCCGUACAGUCUCCUCAGCAGCUCAGAUUAUACCGGGGUCACCAAAGGAUGUAAUGCAGAGAACCUGUACACGGUCAGCUUCUCUAAGCCGGGCUACAUGGAGCUGGGCGGCCUGUCGCUGGUGGUCGGCACGGAGAUCAGCCUGUCGUUCAGCACUCUGGCCGACACUGGGACCAUCCUGCUGGCUGUGGGCGGGGCUUCACCUGUCAUCAAGCAGGCCCGCAACUCAAACCUCCUCAGCACCAAGAGGAGACGCAGACAGUCUGGAGAGCCCUACCUCUCAGUCAUGCUGAACAAAGGCUCUCUGGAGGUGUUGAUGUUUACCGGCAGCCACAGUCCGCGUCGUGUCAUCAGACGAGCCGAGCAAGGCGCACUGAAUGAUGGGAGAGAGCACUCGCUGCGUAUAGAGAGGCAGCCUGGCAGAUCUUUUGCAGUUCAGGUGGACGAGGAGGCCAAGAGGGAGGCAGCGCUCCCCAACGACCAGCCUGUGAGCCUGAAGCGCGUCUUCCUCGGUGGUAUUCCUGCAGAAGUAGAGCAGACGUCCAACAGAGCCAACAUCCCAUUCCAGGGAUGCAUAUGGAACCUCAUGGUCAACGCUGUUCUCUCAGAUUUCUCCCUGCCUGUGUCCUUUGAGAACGCUGAAAUCGGACAGUGCCCCAACAUCGCCCCUCCGCCAGCUCCUCUUCCACUGCCUGAGGAAGAGGAGCCCGAGGAGGAAAAGGAGGUGUCGAAGCCUCUCAGUCCUCCUUUGACCCCGACACCAGCCCCAGGUCCUCCUGCUGAGGCCACGCCCCCUCCUGCUGCCACGCCCACUGCUGCUGCAGCCCCGCCCACCGCCAAAACGGAGCCCAGUGCUGACUUGGACUCGUGUGCGUCAGCUGUGGCCCCGGCCGCUCUGGAGAAGGCCUAUCAGUUCGGACUGACCAAGAACAGCCACAUGAGCUUUGCCUUUGAAGACACCAAAGUCAGAGAGAGGUUAAUAUUGGAGUUUGAGCUGAGGACGAAGGAGGAGUCUGGUCUCGUUCUCUACAUGGCAAGAAUCAACCAUGCUGACUUUGUCACCAUCCAGAUCAAAGACGGACAGGUGUGUCUGGGUUAUGAUCUCGGUCAUGGAAACAUCUCUGGCUGCGUCCCCUUCUCCAUCAACGAUGGGAACUGGCACAAGAUCCGUGUGAGCCGUGUGAAGCAGAGAGGUCUUCUCAUGGUUGAUGGGCGAUACAGCAAACAGAUGAUCAGUCCAAAGAAGGCUGACCUGUUGGACGUGGUGGGACUCCUGUAUGUUGGUGGAUUUCCGACAAACUACACAAGCAAGAGAAUAGGACCGAUUCUCUACAGUAUCAAUGGAUGUAUUCGUAACAUGAAGAUGGUUGGAGGUGCUGUAAGCGCUAAGCCAGGUUCUACAAGCCGCGCUGAGGCUGUCAUUGAGGACUUUAAAUUGGACAUGGCCACGCCCUUCUCCAGUCACAUGGUGGGAAGAUGCUUUGUCGCUACGGAGACGGGCACCUACUUUGAAGGCACUGGCUUCCUGAAAGCAGUCUCUUCCUACAGAGUGGGUCUGGAUGUGUCGAUAGCCUUAGAGUUCAGGACCAGCAGAACCAAUGGCGUGCUUUUGGGCAUCAGUAACCAAGCCAACGAUGGACUGGGACUAGAGAUUGUCGAGGGCAAGCUGCUCUUCCACGUUGACAACGGAGCUGGACGAAUCACAGCAGAGCACGUGCCUGAGGGCGAGGGCUUCUGCGACGGCCAGUGGCACUCGGUCACUGCCAAGAAGCUGCGGCACCGCGUGGAGCUGGUGGUGGACGAGAAGCAGAGCCAAUCAGAGAGCCCCAACGCUCGCUCCAACACGUGUGACACAAACGACCCCAUCUACGUCGGAGGAUAUCCGGGUGGAGUUCGGCAGGCGGCUCUCUCCACCAGCACGUCCUUCAGAGGUUGUAUGAGGAACCUGAAGAUCACGAAGGCUUCUAAGACCAUGGAGGUGCAGUUCAACAAGGCUCUGGAGAUUAAAGGAGUGCAGCCUCUCUCCUGUCCCGCUGCAGCUGCAUAACUGCUACCUAAGAGCUUCCCCUUUGUUGUCCACUCAACAGAGCACUUCUACAAGGGGCUACACAUGUUCAAAUGUUGCCGCUCUUCUCAUUUCUUUGUUUUGUCUCCUCUAUCGCCCUGCCUUUGACCCAGAAAUGUAUCUCAGUGAACUUUUGAAGGAAGGAUGUCUCGAGCAGAGUAUGGAUAUUCUUUCAUAAUCGUUGACAUAGAAAGUGGCGUGACAAUGGACAGAUUACAGUUACAUUUAAUUGACUCAAAUUAUUGCUCCAAAGCAUAGAUGUCUUAUUUUUUGGUUGCCUCGACUCCUAUCUCCUCAUGUCUCUUCCUUGCUUCCUGUGCUCUAGUAAGACACAAGAAAAGUAGGCAAUGAAAUAAUAAAGGAUGUACAAUCAGAGAAAUUAGAACUUGCCUUUAAACCUGCACUUCACAAUGUUUUUAUUUCAGUGUGUAAAGCCCUCUUUGCAAGUUACCUGGUGCCGUUUGGAAGAAGGUAACAGACUUUUAACAACGUUUUAGCACCCUCAAACGUUAACCCUUACUUUUCAGUGUAAGACUCUGGACAAUAAAUAUUAUCAUGGCUACACA